AUGUCUUCAACACCAGACCUGAUUGGCUUCCCAAACGGAACCGGGGAACCGGAUGUGACGACAUAUCAACAGAGUGUUACUCUCCCGCUUACGAACCUAAUUUUCUAUAACUCAUCUUCGUAUGAGAGCGAGAGAAUGCAGGCGUCGAUAAAGUACGGAAGUUCGAGCGACAAUAUAUCUGAGACAACGAUGGCGGUCUUCCAGAAUUCGACUGUCAAUGGAACCUCCUUUGUUGAGUACGAGUGGACCCAUCCGACGCUGAUCACUUACGACUUCAGCCAUAUAUUGUAUCCGGGGUCAUACAAGCACGUUGCAUUGUGGGAAGUUGUCAUAAAGGUCAUCACGUACAUACCCAUCAUAGUUUUGGCACUCGUUGGUAACUUCUUUGUUAUAUUAGUUGUGGCGAAAAACAAGCGCAUGCGCACUACGACCAACUACUACAUCGUCAACCUGGCAAUAGCGGAUUUGCUGGUCGUGGUGUCGUGUUCCUGGGUGCAUCUUCUCACGGACCUUACCGAGGGCUGGAUACUCGGCGCAUUUUUCUGUCGGUUUAAUACCUUUGCUCAAGUUUUAUCUCUGGUAGCGAGCAUCCUGACGCUCACUUUCAUCGCAUGCGACAGAUUCUUUGGAAUUGUAUUCUCCAUGAAAGCCCAUUUUAUCGAGAGACGCGCACGGUACACAAUCGUUGGUUUGUGGUUCUGUUCGGUAGCCGUAGCGGCCCCGAUGCUCGUAUACCGAAAUCUGUUCGAGGUUCGCUGGAAGGAUCACCUAGAGCAGUGGUGCGACGACAACUGGCCAGUCGUGUUGGUGGAGGACCCGUUAACCAACGGCACGAUGCCCACUAUACCGGCGCGGAAGAUUUACUACACGUUUGUGUCCGUCGUUUUGUUUUUCCUGCCAACUUUGCUGAUGACGGCGGCCUAUGCUGUGAUAAUAUGGACGCUGUGGUCCUCGCAAGUCCCAGGGGAGCGAAUCAGCAAAGACAUUAGAAUGCAAACAAAGUUAAGGAAAAAAACAAUCGUGAUGCUGGUUUUGAUCCUACUUUCCUUCGUGCUAUGUUGGUGUCCCGCUGUCGUCAUUUUGCUGUAUGCUGAAUACAGGGAAAGCUCCAAUUCCAAGUUGGAAGAUUGGUUCCGAAAGUGGGAAUAUUUUUCGAGGUACCUUUCACAUGCCAACAGUGCUAUUAACCCAAUUAUAUAUGCGGGUUUCAAUGAUAAUUUCAAAAAAGGUUGGAAAGCAUCGAGUAGAGUUCGAAUUGGUAGCGGUUCCUCCUUAGGGGCGUACUAG